GUCCUGAAUCACUUCCCCUUUGACCGGAUGUCGGCAUUCCAGUUUCCGGUCUAAUCCCCGGUCUCGGUGAAAAUGGCGUUUUCUAGAUGUUUACAAGAGCUGCCCAAGAUAAAUAUCAGCGAUGUUCAUCGUAUUGUUGAUGCCUGGUCCCCUGCUCCGACAAGCAAACGUAACAAGGGAUUUAAAUUGUAUAUCUCAAGUUACCUGCACAACUACGAGGGUGGUCCUGAAAGACUCGUGUCCUGUGGAGCUGAUUCACCACAGCUGUACGUGUGUUGCUGGUGCAGCAUUAUGCAACCACUGUGUGGCUUUGCUGUUCCAGUCAGCACAUUAUUCUGAGCUGAAACUGUCAGUGGUCCCCCCUGUACUAAGCUGUCCAGAAGGAGAACAGCAGUGGCACAAGCCCAGAACUUUAGGUAUAAAACCUGGCCCCGUGGACAAGAUGACUGUGCUGUCUGCUAAACCGAAGAGUGGAGCAACAACAGAGGGUGUAAGGAGCACACUCUACAAAGGCCUUAGUGGGGAUUUGCCGGACCUUUCUGUCCUUAGAGUUUCCGAGGUGUAUGAAGAUUUUGCAGCAGCUGAUGCACCAAUGAUCUGCAGCAUGGGAAUCAGCCAUGAAUUUCCCCUUGUUGACUCUGCCCUUGGCAAAGUUCAGGCUGGAAGUCCUCUGUCCUACCAACAGCCAGCAACAGCAAAGAGAGACAUGUCCUUCCAUGCUGCACCACCCCGCCCAUCUCUGCCUCUUAAGAACUACCACCUACAGCCAUCAAAAAGCAUGUUUGUUUGUUCUGAACCACAACAGCUACACCUUAAAAGUAUGGAGGUCACCUGGGACAUGGUGAAUAAACUAAAAACAACUCAUGCUUACUAUUGGCAGGUUCAGGGGCAGAUGCUAAUAACUGGGAUGAACUGGUGUGAUUUUGUUGUCUCAGCUGAGGAAGAUAUUCUUAUUCAAAGAAUUUAUGCAGACACUAAUGUGAUGGAUUCAAUCAAACACAAAGUAGACAGAUAUUUUUUCUAUGUUUACCUGCAGAAAUGUCUAAAUUAGGAGUUUGAUCAAAUCAAAUGUACAAAUUUGUUUCAAAAUAUUUCCAUCAUGAAUAUCUAUUUACAAAUGUAAGACAAUGUCAAUGUAAGUAAAUGACAGCAUUUUCUGUUUCUUCAAGACUGUGCCAUCAGCUUUUCUGUCAAACUUCAUAUCUCCAUUUCCUGACCAAAGGUCCAUUUUGGUAAUUUGACAGGAGACAGGCAACUGUAAAAAUUUGGUUUAUGCUUCCUGCAAUGGAGAGAGGGAUAGUGGAAUCAAAGAGUUUAUUUUCUUUAACUCUUCUUAUUAACCUCUCAACAUGCACCCUCAAACGGGCAAUGGACUGGGUCUUCAAAACGUCGACCUCUGACAUUUGGGCCCUCUUGGAGAGGAAGGCAGGACGAUGAACAGUCCCAGGUACGAGAUCAUCCACCAAGAAUCCCUUGUCCACCAUGAUGGCCAUGUCCAGUGUCAAGAGUGAUGUAAUCCCUGAUUGACGGAACACUUCCUUGUCACUCAUGGAACCCUCAAACAGUGCUGACACAAAUGUCAGGGCUCCGUGAGGAGACAUGCCCACCAUGGCCUUAAAGGUACAGUGGGAUUUGUAGGUGGAGAAGACUUCACUCUGGAGGAGCAGGGAUGAAGGUGUUUGACACCGUAGUUCUGUACAGUCCAGGAUAACUUGUGUGUCACUGUAGCGGCCAUCAAAAUCCUGUGGAAGACUGGAACUCACAGCUGCAGGAGACAUCCACACACAAAUUGAGCCCAAUAAGCAGUACAGGAAGUUGGCCCAUGUCACAAUAAUGCGGCUGACUGUUGCUCUGUGGAUGUUAAAUCGAUGGCCCAGUUCCCUCUGGGUACAUCCAGUAGACAGGUAGGAGAGGAAAAGAAAAAGCUCAUCUAUUGGCAGCAGUUUCUGGACAGAAAAUUAUUUAAAUGUUAGUUCAAAACCAGCAUUCUCAUUGUGUGUGUGUGUGUGUGUGUGUGUAACUUACAGUUGGUCUGGUAAAAGGGGUUUCAGUUGUUGUACUCAUGACGUCGGUUUUCUUUGCUCUGGUGACCCUGACCAUUUUGGCUGUUGCUGCCUCGAUCAAGUUCCAAAACGCCUUCAGAUGCUCAUAUGAGGGGAACCUAAAACACAU